AAUCAUUGACGGAGAUAAGUGGUUUAUUGAUGAGAAGCAGGCCAUUGAUGAAACAAUGUGACUUUUAUGUGAAUUGUGUGGAGUUACUCACUCCUGUCUUUCAUGUCACUGUGACUUCCUUCUUCUACAGAGGGGAUCGUUGAAAGAUCAGACCCCCUUCAUACACUGUGAAGCCACGGGCUGUCGUGAUGUCGGAGCCCAAGGCGCCCACCCCAGCCCCCGGAGACAUGUACAAAGGCUGGCUCUUCAAAUGGACUAAUUACAUCAAAGGAUACCAAAGGAGAUGGUUUGUCCUGAGCAAUGGCCUGCUGUCUUACUACAGGACCCAGGCAGAGAUGGGUCACACAUGCCGGGGCACCAUCAACCUGGCCACGGCCAACAUCACGGUGGAGGACUCGUGUAACUUCGUCAUUUCUAAUGGCGGCGCGCAGACGUACCACCUGAAGGCCAGCUCAGAAGUGGAGCGUCAGCGCUGGAUCACCGCCCUGGAGCUGGCCAAAGCCAAAGCUGUCCGCAUGCAGGCAGAAUCCGACGACUCUGGAGAUGAUAUCUCGAGCACACCUCCGGCUUCAGGGCAGGGUGGAGGUUCACGCAAUUCAGAGGUGCAGUCCACCCUCCGAACUCUUGGCAGCAAGGUGGAGGAUCUGAGCACCUGUAAUGACCUCAUCGCCAAACACGGCUCUGCUCUUCAACGGUCCUUGUCUGAGCUUGAAGGAAUUCGAGUGGGAGGAGAAAAUAGCGAAAAGAUUCGGCAGGUCACGGAGAGAGCCACGCUCUUCCGCAUCACCUCCAACGCCAUGAUCAACGCGUGCCGGGACUUCCUAGCAUUGGCUCAGGCUCACAGUAAACGCUGGCAGAAAGCCUUGCAGGCUGAGAGAGAGCAGCGAAUGCGGUUAGAGGAAACACUGGAGCAGCUCGCCAAACAACACAAUCAUCUAGAGAGAGCUUUUAGGGGCGCUACUGUACUGCCUCCUUCCCAGAGCAAUCCCUCCAUUGAUAGCAAAGGCUCAGCUCAAGGAAAGGGCGAUGCUAGCGAUGAAGACGAGGAGAACGAAUUCUUUGAUGCGUGCGAGGAAGUGCAAGAGUUCAUCACUGUGCCAGCAGACCCCAAAUAUCACAGGAGAUCUGGCAGCAACGUGAGCGGAAUCAGUAGCGAGAUGGGAAUGGAUGACGGAACGACAUCGCUGGAUGAACAGUCACUGGCAUCCAAUCCCGAAUCCCCUCAGUCGCAGGAUGUAGUGCCCAUGAAGAAGAGGCGGACCCGCAUCCCAGAUAAACCAAAUUACUCGCUUAAUCUGUGGAGCAUCAUGAAGAACUGUAUCGGAAAAGAGCUCUCCAAAAUCCCAAUGCCUGUGAACUUCAACGAGCCCCUGUCCAUGCUGCAGCGUCUCUCAGAGGAUCUCGAGUACUACGAACUGCUGGAUCGGGCCGCCAAGUGCCAGAGCUCUCUGGAGCAGAUGUGCUAUGUGGCAGCUUUCACUGUUUCCUCGUACUCCACUACAGUUCAUCGUACAGGCAAACCUUUCAACCCUCUGCUGGGAGAGACAUUUGAGCUGGACCGCAUCCAGGAGAGCGGCUACAGGUCUCUCUGCGAGCAGGUGAGUCAUCAUCCCCCGGCUGCGGCCCAUCACGCAAUCUCCGAGCGAGGCUGGACCCUGAGACAGGAGAUUGCCCUGGCCAGCAAGUUCAGGGGCAAAUACCUCUCUAUUAUGCCUCUCGGUUCAAUUCAUUGUAUAUUCGAAAAGAGUAACAAUCACUACACCUGGAAAAAAGUCACAACCACAGUGCACAAUAUCAUUGUUGGGAAACUGUGGAUAGAUCAGUCAGGAGAAAUCGACGUCGUGAACCACCAAACGGGCGACCGGUGUCACCUCAAAUUCGCCCCGUACAGCUACUUCUCCAGAGAUGUGGCCAGAAAGGUCACGGGCGUGGUGACGGAUAAGGACGGGAAGGCGCACUACGUUCUUUCUGGGACGUGGGACGAGAAGAUGGAGUGCUCGCGUGUGAUGCAAAGCACCAGAGGAGGAGAGAACGGUGCAGAGGGCAGACAGAAAACCGUCUAUCAGACACUUAAAGCCAAAGAGUUAUGGAGGAAAACACCACUGCCGGACGGUGCUGAAAACAUGUACUUCUUCUCGUCACUUGCACUGACGUUGAAUGAGCCGGAGGAUGGCGUGGCUCCCACGGACAGCAGGAGGCGACCGGAUCAGCGUCUGAUGGAGCAGGGCCGCUGGGAGGAGGCCAAUGCUGAAAAACAGCGACUGGAGGAGAAACAGCGUGCCGUCCGCAGAGAGCGGGAGAGGGAGGCCAUCCGUACCGCCAGCCCUACAGAAGAGGCUCUCAUUGAGGACUCAAUAUCUGACUCGCCUUUUAAAAAUGAAGAUGUCGAGAUUGCCACCGAGCCCUCUGAGACCACUUUGAAAACUGAAACACUCCAUGGCUCUCACCCGCCAGAAUACUCAAUGGAGGGGCCUUAUGGAGCUCCAGUCAAAAGCAUUCACGCGGACAGCUACAAGGCAAUGUGGUUCGAACGGCGCGUGGACCCGGCGACAGGAGAGCCCACGAACAUCUACAAAGGGGGUUACUGGGAAACGAAGGAGCAAGGGAACUGGGAAGGCUGCCCGGAAAUCUUCUAAUCCAAAUCGCGCACACCUCCCCUCCGCCCAGGAAGAGUGGACUAUAAACCAUCCCAUGACACCUCACCCCCCCCUCACAAAAACUUAACAAGCGAACACUUAGACAGGUGCCCCCUUCUCUCUAUCCAUAUGGUAGUAUCAAGAUGAACUUUAACACGUCCCUCUUUCUACCCCACAAUGUUCGGGAUUAGAGGAAAUGGUUUGGUUGUUAGCAUUUGGAAAGCGUGUCUUUUAUUCAAUCCCUUUUUAGGAUCUGUGCUUCGUAGCCCUCCAGCGCCAUCUGCUGGAGGGAGGAGGGCAUUUUGAAAAUGAAGGGAUAUGGGGGUGCGUUUCAGAGAAACCCUGUAGAGCUCUUUCCUUUCAUUGCGUGUGUUUGUGUGAGAGAAAUCUUGCAGGUGAUUCUGUCCGCCUUGGUUUGUGGAUUCAUUCAAUACGUAAUUUUCCGAAAACCUGUCGGUGCUGGUUUAUUAUGGAACCCAGGAGGAUUUUUGUCGAGUCUUCUCCCGACUUUUCAUAAUGACCACGUCUACCAAGCCAAGGACAGUUCACGAGGUCUCCUAAUAGUGACCCACACGAAUGCAAGUGUUUCUAAAAUCGAACGAUAGCUGUGCGACUGAUAUUUUCUAUGUAUUCAUACCCAUUUAUGUUAAAUAUAGCACAAUGCACCAGUGUUUGUUUUGACACAGAUGGUGAAUAAGAAUUCAGAGCUUAAGCAAAGCUGUUGUACGGCUAGAAUAUAGCACAUGAGUUGCAUAAACUUUUAUUUUUUAAGCUUGAACUGUCAUUGUAUGGAAAAGAGCGCCAUGAAGAUUCCUCAAAAGUUUUCCUUUUUCGUUUUCCUCCGAGAACAUGAGGGAAUAAUGACAAAAACUUUAUUUCAGGAUGAACACGUCUAUAAGUGAUCACUCUAAACAUUUAAUACCUACCCAGUGUGCACCUGUGAUCUCCAGAUUAACAUGUUUUGCUGAUCUGAGUUCAUGUAUUUAACAUGAUAAUGAAGAAUGAUUAUCAUCUCUAUGUAAUUUCCAAUAACCCACAUUGUUGAUGCGACCCCUCAUGUUCAAUCACAGAUGCAUUAUGGUCCGUAACCUCAUCUUUCUGAAAGGCCUUAGAUCUGCCGUGUCCACAAACUGAGGUGUACAGAUGUAUAUGAGUGUGUGUGUGUGUGUGUUUAUAUGCAUAGGAGGUCAAGGGAGGAGUCUUGUGUAUGUGCGUGUGUGAUCAUGAGUGAUGUAUUUGGGGUUUAUUGUAUAUUCCAACUAAAAGAAAAACUGCUUUUUAUUUUCAAGUGUACUUAAAUACGUGCGUGGGAUAAAACGAUGCAGCGAUGCAACGCGAAAACAUUGCAAAUGUUUGUGUAUAUAGAUAUCUAUGGAAUAAUGAAGUAAAAAUAUUCACACGAUUAAUAACAAGAUUCUUAUGCUGAUACUGACAGCUAGAGUUAUAAUUAUGAUGGUAAUUUUGAUGUAGCUUGAGGGUUCGACACGAUUUAUUUUUGACUUUAUAUCUUUUUAUUUUUCAUGACGUUAAGCUAUGACAUGUUUAGGUCUAUCUCCCAUAUCAAAAAUGAAUCAAUGUUUUGCUAAUUGUCCUGACUAAUUGUAAUAUUUUAUAUAUGUCUGUGUCUAUCCUCUCAUUCUGUUAAAACAACAUGAAUUCACAUGAAUUUUACUGCUGGAUACAAUAAUUGCAUAUUAUAGUUUAUUUUUUUUUGUAAAACAUUUUCUUUUGACAGUCGUUCCACAAGUUUUUCCUUUUCCUGUCUGUUUCUCCCUCUCUUGGCCUCAGAUCAUUGUGUGAUGACACAGAAUUGCUCUUGACUGUCCUCGUGAUGCAAACUGAUGAUGAAAUAAAAGCUGGUUUGGAAAAGGAAAUAAUCAGACAUACACAACU